AUGGCAUGUUCCGUAAAUACGAGCAAAUCUUCAGUUAAUUACAAGCCUGCGGUAUUUCGUGUCUCGCCCAUUUCUCCCGGCCAGGUGAGCCCUCCCCAGCUUACCCUAACGAAAUCCCCAAACUGUCCCUCCUCGAACAAAGCCCCUGUCUCCGCUUCGUUUUCGACUUUCGGUUCUUGGCUCGCUUCACAUCCAUCGUCUUCGCUUCAGAGCUCUCUUCUCUCUCUCUCUCUCUUUCUGGUUCUGUCUCCCGCGCUCGGUGGCGUCCACGUCUUCUACUUACGUCGAUCGGCGGCCGCCUUUCCCUCGCCAGCUAUGACUCUGAUGACUCCUCCGCCGUUGGAUCAGCAAGAGGACGACGAGAUGCUGGUCCCCCACACCGACGUCACGGAAGGUCCUCAACCCAUGGAAGUAGCGCCAGCUGAACCAGCAACUACAGCUGAUGCUCAGUCAGUUGAUGAUCCACCAUCAGCAAGGUUUACCUGGACAAUUGACAACUUUUCGAGGCUCAACACCAAGAAGUUCUAUUCCGAUGUUUUUGUUGUUGGAGGUUAUAAAUGGAGAAUACUGAUUUUUCCCAAGGGUAACAAUGUGGAUCAUCUGUCCAUGUACCUAGAUGUUGCAGACUCCGGAACUCUGCCAUAUGGCUGGAGUCGUUAUGCCCAGUUCAGCCUGACUGUUGUAAAUCAAAUUCACCAAAAGGGCUCCGUUCGGAAAGAGACACAACACCAGUUCAAUGCACGUGAGAGUGACUGGGGAUUUACUUCAUUCAUGCCCCUUGGGGAUUAUAUGACCCUGGCAGAGGUUAUCUUGUUAAUGAUACAUGCAUAG